AGGUAACGGGUAUACGUAUGUACUGCACAACAGACGGGGCAUUUCAUCAGACAAGACGCUAGCUGAGACAUUUACCAUAAAUUACGCCCCAUAGGUUAACCUACCAAGACAUUUAUCAAACGUCUGACAAAACAGUGAGCACGCUAAGUGUUGACUUGAGCUUGAAACUACCGCACUAGUUUCGUCGUGAGAAGACAACCAUAUUGGACUAACCGGCACUACCUCCCUGUCUCUCAGACGACAUCAUUCUUCAACAAAGAGCUGAGAGAACCGAGCACAUCAAUUAUCUUACGAUAAACUGGACUUGCAUUAGUCGAUACACAGAUACACAAGAGGAUCCAGAUUGUCGCCGAACUCCAUCUUGUCACGUUAAAUUACUAAUAGUCAUGGCUUCAAAACUCGGCCGCUCAAUUAUCAAAGCACAGCGUCCUAUAAGACCCAAAGGACAAGUAAAGUGUGAUGUCCACAAACAAAAUGAAGUCGUACUUUUAUGUCAGGACUGUAAAAUGUUAAUCUGUUAAAAUGUUCUAUCACUCUCCAUAAAGAACAUAUAAACAGUUUUCUAGAGAUAUGUGACAUCAAAACACGACACAAUCAAAUACUCCAGGACUUUGUCAAUGAGACAGACAAUGUAAAUAUUCCAAAACUUAACCAAGAAAUCAUCUCAUCUCGAACAAAAAAGAGUUCAUGUAAACCUAUGUACGAUAAACUUCGCAAAAAUAUCAUUGACAAUACUAAAAAAUGUAAGUUAGAGUUAGACAAAAUCACUGAGGAUUAUAUCGCACUUUGUGACAGGAUGGAGGUGGCGGCCAUGGACCUGAUACAGACCCACAUCACAGACCUGGAGAGUAGACUGAAAACUUUGAGGGAACUCUCAUCAGAGUAUAAACAGACUCUCCAGACAGGAACCAGUGUACUCGUGUACGACUCGGUAACAGAAAUCCGGGAAAUGGAUCCAGACAUCCCACCGACACCUAACAUAGACAUGGCCGAGUUUACUCCGGGUAUAGACAGACUAAGUCACCUAAAACAGGCACUCGGGAACCUCAAACUUACUACUGACCAUCUCCAGGCAGGAUCGGCAACUAGUGGUCACUCCGACCAACGUCCAGUAGUCCGACCAAAACAGUCUACAGAGGCUGGUCAAGCGUCCACUGGAGAAGUCCGGUACAAACUUCGUGACCG